GACAGAGAUCCUGACUAAAGUGGGAGUAAUCCGCGCUGCAAGACUACAAUGUGCACUGCAGCCUAACAGUGAUGCUGGGUUUAAAGUUGCAGAGCUACUUAAAGAGCAAGUGGAGCGAUGUUCUGCAGCAGAGAAGCUGGUGAGAGGAGUCCAGCGCCAGCCCUUAACCGAUUGGACGGCAAGAGAUUCUGUGCGGAUUAAUAUGAAUGAGGAAGUUCAUCUUUUAUAAAGUGAAACUAAAACGCAGGGUGGAAAGUAAUAAAUUGAGAAUCUUGAGCAACGUGUGAAGACUCCGAGAUCUGCAGCCCCAGGACUGAUCCACCACAGGGACACGUUAUUUGUGGUGUUACAUAGGACUGCGGUCGCAAACUACAUCUUUUUACCUGACUAAACAGUCUCUGGAACAUCUGUACUGUAUUCUUACAACCAUGGUUAAAGAUUAUAAAAGUGACAUCAGAAUCCUGGCAGAACAUCUGAAACUGAUAUAUAAGUCCGAGGACAGCACCGAAGCCUUCACGAAAAACCUCUGCGAGCUUAAAGCUCCUCGAGGAUACAACACAAUCAAGAUGGAUGAUCUGAAAGGAAAGAAUGCAAAGGAGGUCGCUGAGGUCAUCAUAGAAUCCUAUACGGGAAUAUACUGGAAAGCCAAAGUCAUGGAGGCUCUGAAGAUGAGCAACAAAAACCAAAUCCGACUAAAUCUAAAGAAAGCGCUCAAUGCAGAUAAAAAGAAGGCACCAAAUAAAGCUAAGGCCGGUAGUGGAGAGGUCAAUGUUGCGGACCAGAAGAAUUUUGAAGCAGGAGAAAGUUCUAAGACAUUGAAAAGUCAAAAGUCAGGUGGAGAUGUCAAACCAAAAAUAGAGUCUGAUUCCACGGAGCCGUCAAUUGUGAAAGUGCAGGUGUCAGGUGAAGCUGUGGGCCACAAACAAAAGACAGAAGAGGAAAAAGAGGAAAAUGUAAAAUCAAAGACGACAAGAAAACAACCACCGAGAGGUAAGAAACACUUUGUUAUUGAAAAGCGAAACAGCUUGAUAAAGGUGAUCACUCACGUGGAUCCAGUCCUGGAUGAUCUUAUGGAGGAGAAGUUACUGACCCAGGAACAAUACGAUACCAUACGGAAAAAAAGCACCAACCAGAACAAGAUGAGGGAACUCUUCGAUUACGUGAGAUCCUGGGGUCCGAAAGAUCUCGAUAAAUUCCAGAGAAUCUUGAGGAAACAUAACCUUGCACCCAUUAAGAAUCUCCUAGAAAAAUGUAAACAAAAGAAGUAGAUUAAAGGGACGAACGUCAUCGCAUUAUUUGCGGGAUAACAUGUUCUUAGACAUCUAAACAAACAAUGGUAACUUCAGUCUGUGAGGUUCUGUUCACGGGGGCAACUACCGUGCCAAAAAAAUGCCUAAAAAGUAUGUAGUUUCCAUGUCCCAUCACAUUUGAUGGGGGUACUCCGCUGCUAGACAUCUAAUUCCCUAUCCAAAGGCCCCCGCAAUCUCCCGCAGCACCCAGCCUUCUAAACAAAUGCCACGC